AUGUAUCUGUUGACCUUUCUAUACCUCAUGAUUAGUUUUUUUGAAGAAGUGUACAGUUUUUGUCCUUCACAAUGCACUUGCAUUUACCAUGGCAGAAGUGAUGGCACUGGAACAAGGUCUGUGCUUUGUAAUGAUCCGGAUAUGUUUGAGAUCCCUGUGAAUGUUCCUGUGGAUACUGUAAAGCUUCGAGUAGAAAAAACUGUUGUACGAAGGAUCCCAACAGAAGCCUUUUAUUAUCUGGUGGACCUCAAAUACCUGUGGGUAACCUAUAACUGUGUAGCUAAUAUUGAUGUCAGCAGUUUUUAUAAUUUGAAACGGCUGCAUGAAUUACGUCUGGACGGUAAUUUGUUGUCGAGUUUUCCUUGGGAAUCUCUGGCUGAGAUGCCCAACUUACGGAUCCUUGACUUACAUAACAACAAACUUACAAGCAUUCCAGCUGAGGCUGGUAGAUACCUGAAAAACCUCACCUACUUGGACAUAUCCAGCAACAAGCUAACCACUUUGCCAUCAGACCUAAUGGAUGUCUGGCCCCCUUUCUCAGAAACAGCACCGUCCAAGAACAUAGAGAGUUUUGCAACACAGAGAAUCAUUAUAGGUUUGCAGGACAACCCAUGGUUUUGUGACUGUCGAAUUUCAAAGUUAAUUGAAUUUUCCAAAAUAAUGGACACCUUGGUUAUACUUCUUGAUCCUCUUGUGGCAUGUAGUGGACCUGAGAAUUUGGCAGGUAUCUUGUUCCAGAGAGCAGAACUGGAACAGUGUCUUAAACCAUCCAUAAUUACUUCAGCAACAAAAAUCACAUCACCUCUUGGAAGCAACGUUCUACUACGCUGUGAUGCCACUGGGUACCCAACGCCACAGCUUACCUGGACCAGGUCUGACAAUUUGCCAGUGAACUAUACAGUAAUUCAAGAAACACCAGGAGAAGGUGUCAGAUGGUCCAUAAUAAGCUUGACAGGAAUUUCAUACAAGGAUGCAGGGGAAUACAGAUGUAAAGCCAUAAAUAGCAGGUUAGCGGGAAUGUAAGAAGCUGCUGUUACUGUCACUGUGGUUGGUGUUGUAACCACAGCCGUGUCACCUCUAAAAUAUUUGAGGAAGUUUGAAGCGGACAAUACGCAGGAGCAAGCGCAACAGAACAAGACGCAGGAGCAAGUGCAACAGGAACGUGAAAAAACAACCACUACCUUACCUGCAUCAUCAACAACCACUAUAUUGGCUACCACUGAUAGACCUACAAGUGCCAAGAUAACUGACAGAAAACAAUCCAAGUCUAUGCCUGAUGGAAAGAAGAAUUCAACAAUAGUGACAAAUGGAAACAAAACACAGGCUGGGGAUGUAAGCAAAAAAGCAGAGACUUCACUGAAUGCAGCAGCCCUGGAGGAAAAAGAUGUCACUGUAAAGAACCUAAGAGUGUUUAGUGAAACUGAUGGAAGUGUGACCUUAACUUGGAAAAUUGUCAAUGCCACAAGUAACUCUGCAAUGACAGUGCUGUACUCAAAGUAUGGUGAGAAAGACAUGCUGCCUUUGAGUAUGGAUCCCAGCAAAAACAAAGUCACAAUAGAUGGUUUGCAGCCUAGUACUCAGUAUAUGGCAUGUGUUUGUCCCAAGGGAGUCCCACCUAAAAAAGAUCAAUGCAUUAUUUUUUCCACUGAUGGAAUAAAUGAUGAAAGCAGUUUUGAGUUUUCUAUUUCAGUGGUGGCAAGCAGUGCAUCCUGCUUGAUUGUUUUACCUUUGAUAUUUUUCUUACUCUAUAAAGUUCUAAAACUUCACAGGAAACCAAAAGCUUCCAGAGAAGCUGACCUUGCAAAAGAAACCUAUAUCAAAUUUGAAACACUCUCUCUUAAGCCCCGCUCGGUGGGUGCAGGAGGAGAGCUCUGGACCCGAAGGGACACUGAUGAAUCAGAAAGACUUCUCCUUUGUUCUAGAUCAAGCAUGGAUUCCCAGCUGACCUUCAAAAGUGAGGGUUCUAGGCCUGAGUACUUCUGUUGAGUAUCCAAUGAACAAUAUGGAUCCAAUGAACAAUAUGUAUUCAUUGUAUCCAAUGAACAAUAUGAAAAAUACACAAACUGUUGAACUAAUUUUAAAACUGCAAAUGUGUGUCUGAAAUUGGGUCAGUUACAUAAUGCCACUAACAGCUAUAGCACCUGAUCAGACAAAAACUCUUGGGGUGGGUGGGAGAAAUUAUGCCUCUCUCUCUUUCUCUCUCUCUCCAUAUCUCUCUCUCUAUAUAUAUCCAUAUCUAUAUAUCUCUCUAUAUAUAGAUAUACAGAUAUAAAUUUAACACCCUAUGGCUUCUAUUAUAAAGUAAUAACAUUUUUG